CAAACUUAGAGGACAAAUAGUGCUCAGAGUCAUAUUUAAAGGACAAAGUUGAAUCUAUCCUCAAAGAUAAGGGAUGAUUUUGACUAAAAACUCCAGAUUAUCUCUUUGUAUAUUCUGGGUUCUUCUAGAAUGGGCCAAGAGAAUCAACUGAAGCUUUAAGGCCCAUUUGUUGUAAACUAAGUCCAAAGCAAAACAAGCCCAUUUAGAAUUAACUCCAAAUGCCUCACCCGUUCUUGUAAGAUAUACAUCCCUUCUUAGACAUAAAUCAAACAUAAGCAAACCUAGCCGACUUUGUCUCUCUUGUCUUUGUCUUGUUUGUCUCUCUUCAUACUUUCAUAGGAAAAUUCGAGAAGUCCAUUUUCAUUUCUAACACUAACAGGGAAUGAGUCGUCGCUAGUUUAUUUUCGUCUUGAACCAUUUAUUAUAGGUAGAAGUGUGAUGAUCGUACUUUAAUAUAACAUAAAUAAAUUUAUAUUUUACAUGUAUAAAGUUGUCGAGUUUUUAUAUAGAUUCGUCAACUUUUAUUUCUUUCUAGGUUCUCGUUCCCACAAUUUCCCCCUAAAAAAAAAAAAAUUCGACAUUUUUAACCCGCUGCACAAUUUGUUAGACAUAAUCUAGAAAAUAAAACUUAAAUUAUAAUGCAGACUAAGAAAUAAAUUAAAACUUAAUUUUUGGUUCUUGUAAAGUGUAAACAUUGCUGAAAAGCCACUUGAUUCGCCGAUACUUUAAAAAAGCGGGCUUUUGUAAAGUCAAAACUGUACUAUCAAAAAUCUUUCUUAAACUAAAACCUAAACCUUCCCCUUUUCCUCCUCCUUGUCUUCAUUUGAAUUUUCUUGAAACUUUUGUUUUGGGUCAAGUUAAGGAGGUGAAUUGGUAAAGGAAAAGAAGAAAAAAUGGCAUGUAUCUCUCUCAAUAUAGAAGCUACUGCUUUAAAGUUUGUAAGAAAUUGCCAAAACCAUUCAACGAGUUUGUUCUCAGCAAACCAACAGAGUUGUUUCAAAUUCAGUUCCGCCAAUUGGAAUUGUUCUAAUUUUCCAGUUCGUCCUACUUCUCGCCGUGGUUUUAAUACUUACAAAUCUUUCGCCACUGCUUUCAAUAGCCUUUAUGUGGAUAAUAUCAACCCCGAGGAAAGGGUGGUUGUCUUGGUUAUUGGAGGAGGAGGGAGAGAGCAUGCACUCUGUCAUACUCUGAGGCGAUCCCCUUCGUGUGAUGCUAUUUUCUGUGCACCUGGUAAUGCGGGAAUUUCCAGCUCAGGAGAUGCAACUUGCAUAGAAGACCUCGAUGUUUUAGAUAGUUCAGCUGUGAUUGCUUUCUGUCAUAAAUGGGGAGUUGGGCUGGUUGUUGUGGGACCAGAGGCUCCGCUUGUUGCAGGUCUUGCUAAUGACCUUGUUAAGGAAGGAAUUCCUACCUUUGGCCCCUCUUCAGAAGCAGCUGCUUUAGAAGGUUCUAAGAACUUCAUGAAGAGUUUAUGUGAUAAAUAUCGAAUUCCAACUGCAAAGUAUCAAGCAUUUACAGACCCAUCCGCUGCAAAAGAGUACAUCAAACAGGAAGGCGCCCCCAUUGUUGUUAAAGCGGAUGGAUUGGCUGCCGGUAAAGGAGUUAUUGUUGCCAUGUCAUUGGAGCAAGCAUACGAGGCUGUUGAUUCUAUGCUUGUAGAAAAUGCUUUUGGUUCUGCUGGUUCUCGUGUCAUUGUAGAGGAAUAUCUGGAAGGAGAGGAAGCAUCAUUUUUUGCCUUGGUAGAUGGUGAGCAUGCCAUACCUCUAGAAUCUGCUCAAGACCACAAACGAGUUGGGGAUGGUGAUACAGGACCAAAUACUGGUGGGAUGGGGGCAUAUUCUCCGGCUCCUGUCUUGACAAAAGAACUGCAAUCAGUGGUCAUGGAGUCUAUAAUUCUCCCUACAGUGAAGGGAAUGGCUGAAGAAGGCUGCAAGUUUGUUGGGGUUCUGUAUGCAGGGCUCAUGAUAGAGAAGAAAUCUGGUUUACCAAAGUUAAUUGAGUACAACGUGCGGUUUGGAGAUCCAGAAUGCCAGGUGUUGAUGGUCCGGUUAGAGUCUGAUUUGGUCAAAGUUCUGCUGGCAGCUUGCCGUGGGGAUCUACGUGGGGUGUCUUUGGACUGGUCCCCCGGGUCAGCCAUGGUGGUUGUAAUGGCAAGUAAAGGCUACCCCGGCAACUACCAGAAAGGAACUAUCAUUCGUAAGCUUGAGGAAGCAGAGCAGGUUUCUCCGUCAGUCAAAGUAUUCCACGCUGGGACUGCUUUUGAUGCUGAUGGAAAUUUCAUAGCUACUGGGGGACGUGUCCUUGGAGUCACAGCAAAAGGGGAGGAACUUGAAGAGGCCCGAGAUAGAGCCUACCAAGCCGUUGAACAAAUUAGCUGGCCUGGAGGUUUUUAUAGACGAGAUAUUGGUUGGAGAGCACUACCUCAGAAACAAUAUUCUUAAGAGUGAACUCCUACAAUUGUACAUUACAUAUGGAGGGAGCUUAAUAACAUUUUUGGAGCGUGAUAUGGAUAUCAGCUUGUUGUUCGUAUCAGUCAUCUGCUGUGGUGUUUGAUGUGAGUCAAGUAUCGAUAAUGGAGCCAUCCAAUGUUAGACGAAAUGAAAGGAUCCGGGAAAUAUAGAUAGAUAGAAAACCUUGAAUUAAGAAUAAAACACUUUAACCAGUACAAGUGUUUGCUUUUUUGUGCCUAUAAUGAGCCUCAUUGUUUCUGGUUAAAAGGCCCCAUAAUCAUGAUUGCAUAAUAGGUGUUUAUUUUGUUUCCUGGAAUGAGUGUGACUAGCUGCAAUGUGUUAUGUGCACGUCUGAUUUUGUAACUUAAUAAUUUAGUUGGAUCACUGUAUUUUUUGUUUAUGGAGUAGACUUUGAUAUGA